AUGACUACUUCUAAGUAUACUGAUAGGCGAAAUGAGCUUAUAGACGAGGUCUGUAAGUACAUCGCUGGUUACAAUAAGCCGUCCGGCUUUAAGCGCGACCGAUCUGAAACCGCCGCAUCCGAUUCGACCCCUAAGCGCGCGAAGAAAGCUGCGCCACUUACGCCUUUGCAACCCCAUUCAGAUUCUUUUAGUCGGAAAAUGGGCUCUAAUAGAAAGUUGCUCUUAACCGAUUUGACCCCUUCAAAGGUAUCUGCCCACUAG